UCACGAGGUAGCCUCCCCGCCUCUCCAAAGGACUUUGGCAGCGGGGGAAGCGUUGUGUUUGUUCGGGCCGGAGGAACCUGAAGGCGGUGCCUGGAAGCAGCUGGGAGCGGCACCAGGGCAGGAAGCGCCCCACUGCACGCUUACAAAGAGCGGCAACAGCUGUCUAGCUAGGGCGGCACAGGACCCCGGGAAAGCGUCACAGGAGCAACCGCCGUUCAUCUACUACAUACAUCCACGGGCCGGUUUGCUGUGCGGAGAGGUUCUGGAUCCCGCAGAGCUCAGUGGUUUUAAGAACUCCGCCGCUGCAGGUUUGCAUUGCCCAGAUUUGGCUCUCAUAUUCGCUCCGACAGUAUAUUCAGUUUAAAUGCUCUUCUAUAUCUGAUUCAGCCGCUUAAAGAAUGGGACAAACUUAUUUAUCGAAAACCAAGACUAUAGGCUGGAAUCCAAUAUAUGCUUAUUAUCUGGAAAUUCCUUUUCUGAAAAUGAAUGUUGCAUUUGAGGAGGUUUCCUUUUCAGAGGUGUCCAUUGUCUUGUUUACUGUGAUAACUGUUUUGAUUUCUAUAUGGAUGUUAAUGGUGAGCAUGAGAAGGAAACAACCACUUCCACCAGGACCUUGGUCACUUCCAGUUGUGGGGAACCUUCUCCAGCUUGGAGAGUAUCCUUAUGUUUCAUUUCAUCACAUGAGGAAGAAGUAUGGAGACGUGUUUCAGAUAAAGCUUGGCAUGGUCCCUGUUGUGGUGGUGAACGGCAUGGAGGCAAUCAAGCAGGUGCUGCUGAGAGACGGGGAGAGUUUUGCUGGCCGACCAGACAUGCAUACUUUUUCUUUCUUUGCCAAUGGCGAAAGCAUGUCAUUUUCUGUCAAGUAUGGUGAGAGUUGGAAGCUUCAGAAGAAAAUCGCCAGCAAAGCUUUGAGAUCUUUUGCCAAAUCAGAAGCCAACUCCUCCUCUUGCUCUUGUCUGCUGGAAGAGCAUGUCUGUGCUGAAGCUUCAGAGCUGGUGAAAACCUUCAUGGAGCUCUCAGUAAAGGAAGGCAGUUUUGAGUCUUUUGACCCCAGUGCCAUUAUCACCUGCGCUGUCGCUAACAUUGUCUGUGCCCUCUGCUUCGGCAAGAGAUAUGACCACAAUGAUGAAGAGUUUCUUGGCGUGAUUAAGAUAAAUCAUGAUUUUGUGGAAGCUUCAGGGGUCUUCAACCCUGCUGACUUUAUACCAUGUCUUCGAUAUCUUCCACUUCCUGCUGCACAGGCCGCUCGUGAGUUUUAUGGGAAGUUUAAUAACUUUGUUGCUCGAUGUGUAGAGGACCAUUAUACUACAUAUGAUGAGAAUCAUCUCAGAGACAUUACUGAUGCUCUGAUUAAUGUAAGCAAUGAAAAAAAAGCUGAUGGGAAAGCUGCAGCCUUAUCUAAUGAGAAAAUAAUAAUUACUGUUAAUGACAUCUUUGGUGCUGGCUUUGGUACUGUAUCAUCAUGUUUGCAGUGGAUGUUUCUGUACUUGAUAAGCAACCCAGAAAUUCAAACAAAAAUUCAGGAAGAAAUUGAUGGAAAGAUUGGACUAAAACCACCAAGGUUUGGUGAUCGAAAAGAUCUGCAUUACACAGAAGCCUUCAUCAGUGAAAUAUUUCGGCACACCUCCUUUAUACCCUUCACCAUUCCUCAUUGCACCACCAAAGAUACCACUCUCAAUGGGUAUUUUAUUCCCCAGAACACUUGUAUCUUCAUUAAUCUGUAUCAAGUAAAUCAUGAUGAAACCUUGUGGGAGGACCCUUACUUGUUCAAACCAAGCCGAUUUUUGGAUGAAAAUGGAGAAUUCAACAAGAGCUUGGCUGAGAAAGUCUUGAUCUUCGGAAUGGGGAUACGAAAAUGUUUGGGAGAAGAAGUAGCUCGCAAUGAGGUUUUUGUUAUAAUUACCACUGUCUUGCAACAGCUGAGGCUGGAAAGUCUUCCUGAAGAUAAACUAGAUCUAAGUCCAAUAUAUGGACUGUCUCUGGCACCUAAACCAUACCGAAUUCAUGCAGUAUCACGCACUUAAGUUGAACACACCUGUGUUGAGGGAAAAGCUGCAUUUUAAAACCCCAAUGAUCAUGCAGAAUAAUAUAAUAUAACACAAACCAUUGACUUUGUGAACCUCUAAACCAGUGGUUCCCGACCUGGAGGCCUCCAGAUGUUGCUGAAUUACAACUCCCAUUAGCUCCAGCUACAAUUUAUUGAGACCUCAGGUUGGGAACCUCUGCUCUAGUCAAUGUAUAUGCACUAUUAGCCAUGCUGUAUUAUUAAUUAUUUUAUAUCAUCAUCACCACCACCACCACCAGCCUGGCUUCAGCACUAAUAAUGUGAGAUUAGCUACAGUAUAUGUAACUUUUAACCCAGGCUUGUCAUUCACAGGCUUGUCAUUUACAAGUUGCUCAUGUACCUGUAAGUUUUGCCCUACAGAGCAGAUGGCAAUUUUGGGGGCUGUGGGGGACAGCAAGCAGGGUGGAUAAAAAUCUAUGAUUUUUUAAAAAAUAAAAAAUAAAAAUAAAUCAAUUUUUUUUAUUUAAAUCGGAUUUUUUAAAAUAAAAUGCUUUAUGAGGAAAAAAUCCAUCUAAAGAUAGUUUUCUAUUUAAGAUACAUUAUAGUCCAAAGGUUAUUCAUCAUGAAAUAAGGAUUAGUUUUUAAUUAUGUAGCAUGAGGCUGUAUAUAUGCAAUAUUUAAUUUUUUUGGUAAAUGAAUUCCAUUAAUCCGUUCACAAUGUCAUGCUCUUCCAGAGGUUUCUGUAAGAUUAUUUUGGGCAAUUUUUCUAUCUAGAAGAUAUUAUCACAGAUGCUUGGUUUUGCAGUUCUCAAAUCUGUGAUUUUGUGUCUGCAGAAAUAACAUGCCUCUUCUUCACAGCAAAAAUGUUAUAAAAUAAACAUACAGAGUUGAGAAAAAGA